AACAAAAACUGUCAGCAAUAAAAUUCAACAAAAUAUAUUUUUAGAAAUGUUGUAAUAAUUAUUACUGUUGAUUUAUAAAUUAAAUGAAAUAAUGUAAUAUAAUUUAAUAAUAAAUAAUUUUUUUUAUUUAUUUAUAAUUAACUAUUAAGUUUUAUAAAGUAUCUUAAAUAAAAACCCAGUUGAUAUAAACCUGUGAUAGGGUUAACCUCGACAAUAAAAAUAUAUAUAAAGUAAUUAGAUAAAAUAAUUUUUAAAAAAUGGAUAGUGUUGAAUUAUUGACAGGCGUUGAGGCAGUCGAGGAUGCAAUAAAUAGAUUUUAUGCUGGUGGAGAGCGCGAUCUUCACAAUGCGCUCCUGCAAUUUCAAGCUUCACCGCAGGCUUGGACUCUUGUCUGGCCUCUACUAGGUCCUACAAAGUCAUGGAAUGUCAAAUUCUUUGCGGCAACAACUCUGCACUCAAAGAUACUGAAGCAAUGGGAUGAGAUACCGGUAUCAGAUUAUCCAUUUUUAAAAAAUGAACUCCUUAAAAUAAUAAUAUCUCCAUCAACACCAAAGCUUACGGCUGCUAAAUUGUAUGAAGCUUUUGCUGCAUUUCUUUCGAAUUACUACAGUACAGAAGACAAGAAUGAUGACAAUGACAAAAAAGAACUGAUGGAUGAUUUAUUAGGAAUGUUGCCGUACAAUAAUCCUGAGACAUUAGAUAUUCUUCUGCGAGUAUUUUCAGCUCUUUUGUUAGAUGUUGAGAAAAGAAUGGGAGCAAAACGUACGAAACUACGGCAACAAUUAGGUCUAAAUGAAAAUCAAAGUGAGAACUGGAGUAAAUCAACGUGGUUAUUAAAACAAGUGUUUACUUCGUACGUCGAAACAAUUGGAGAAGAAGACAAUUUUUUUUAUCUGGCACUAGAAGGAGCGUUGCCUUGGAUAAGAAUGAACCCACCGCUGGACUCAAUCAACCAGUUAUUUGAACACUUUUUAAUAGCUGCAGCGCAUUACGCUCCUAGAACAGAUGAAUUUGAAGACGAAACUCACGGAUGGGAAUUAUCGCGCGAUAUUUUGUUACAUAUAAUGGGCCAAGACACUCUUUUAAAAAGACCCGCAUUGUUUUGGGAGUGGGCUCGAGGAAUAGUGUCGCUGGCUCAACAAAACGGUAGUAUUCAUUUCUUAUCUAUUCUCGCGAGUCUUGGUGACACACAUACACGCACACUUUUGUUGGCCCUGGUCGGAGAAUCUGAUGAAUCAAGACGCUGGACAGUUGAGACACUGAUUCAGUUAUUAUUGACGUGUUCCGAGUAUCCAGGGCGUUAUGCCACUGAAGAACGUUACAGCAGCAUACCAUUGGGCUUCUGGUUCUCACUUCAAGAUAAUAUAUCAACGUUGGAUCCUCCUAUAGACAACCAAGUGCGCUUAGCACUGAAACCAAUCUAUGUAAGGCUAGUUCACGUUCAAUUGCAAAAAAUGACUCUGCCAUUGUCUGCUGAAGAAGCCGGUACUGAUGAGGAAAGUGAAAUAUUCCGGUGUUAUCGUCAAGAUAUCGCUGACAAUAUGACUUAUUGUUACAAUAUCAUUGGCCGUGAUUUGCUGAUAAUUCUAGGUCAACGUUUAAGCCAACCUCUGAUUGAUACACUAAAGUGGGUCGACAUAGAAGCGACUCUUUAUUCAUUCCAAGCAUUGUCUGAUUGCGUGGAAACAACUGACACUGAAUGCGUCCCAGCACUAAUGGAUUUAAUAAUAUCUCGUAUUUCUUAUGAUAAAUAUCCUGAAGAAGUUUUAGCAUGCGCUUGUUCAACGAUAGCUGCUUACGCUGAAUGGCUGGGUGAGAAUCCCGAGCCCUGGCUCGAGCGAUCGCUGCAACUGAUAACUUACAGUUUGACUCAACGCUCGACGGUGUUGGCACGAGCGACGAUGGCACUUAAAGACAUCACACGCGAGUGUCAGACACAUUUAGCAACUCUGGCACCUUCGAUUCUCGACACAAUCGGGAAGACACUGACGGUCUUGCCAGCUGGUAGCAAUGAGGGAUUGCGACUUAUGUAUGCGGCUGGUAAACUAAUAAAUUCCCUGAGGACUACGGAAGAGCAGCUCCAGUACUUGGACGCCACUCUCGGCCAGUGUGUUAUGAAACUGCGUGAAUUGCUCCAGCACCCAGUGCCAGCGAUCCAAGAGAAUGUCACUAAGCAGCUUAAAAUGGCAACGAUGUUCCUGUCGACGUUGGAAGGAGCCAUGGGAAAGUCUGUCCUAGACGGAUUGAUGCCGACAUUUAAUCAGAUUGUUGCUCACCCGGAGCUCAACCAAAAUGAUCAGAUACUAGAUGCUAUGUACAAUUGUGCGCAGCGGUCACUGCAGUGUCUUCUGCAUCCCGAAAAAGAUGCUAGGCCUCUAUUGACCUUGUUGGUUACUGCUUACAGAAUACGACCACAUCCAGCUGCGCUCCAGUUACUCAGACAAGUCGUAGUGCUGUUUGGUAGCGACUCUAAUAAUGCAAUGGGUCCUAUUUUUGCUGAAAUCGGGGGGCAUACUCUCAGUGGGUUCAAUGCCUGUAAAUUAGCUGGCGGUAAUUUAUCUGACUUCGGUGAAUUGUUGGAAGCUUACUUGGGUUUACUAGGACAAAUUUGUAAAAAAACGCCCAAAUUGAUGCUACAAGUUCCUGAUCAUAUUCCUGAAAUGCUACGAUGUGGAAUUAUCGCACUAGGUCUUCCAGAAACGGCUGUUAUUAAAGCGGCCGGUACAUUUUUGAUGCAUGCAAUAGCACAGAGCAAUCACUUAUCAACAUUUAUUGAAGCGAUUGGACAAGAACUUGUUUGCAUGAUUUUAGAAUGUAUAGGAGGUAAAGUAGCGCGUAGCAAUCUCGAGCAUCAUACUAAAGUAUUACAUGCAUUAAAUAAUUAUUAUAAGCACAAUGUUGGUGCUUGGAUACGAGCAGCUCUAGAGGAUGGAGUGUUAAUAUCCCUUACACCCAGCCAAAAAGAAAGUUUAACCCGCAGUAUUUUAGCUGAACGCAAUAAAGGUCGGCUAGAUGACAUGCUACAAAAAUUCAGCUUAGAAUAUUCAAAGCCCAUUGUGGGUCUGUAACUUUAAUUUCGUAUAUAUGAUGUUAAUUAAUUAAAUUUAUUAUAGAAUUUUGUAACUAAUUUUUUUAUUCGAUAUUAAUCAGCGACGGCUGUGGAAAUUAAAAAAAAAAAUAGAACUAGAGUGUCUAAAGAAUUUAUGAACAUGUGAUUUAUGUUUAUGAUAAAUGUCUCUGACGGUCUACGAAAUCAUUGUGGAAUUUUUAUUUUUUAUUAUUGAAAUCAUGCCAUACUAAUUAAUUAAUAAUUAAUAUUAUUUAUAGAGUAUAAUGUAAAAAAUUAUUCUUGUAUAAUUACAAUAAAUUUCUUG